CUUACCUGUAACCGCAUCGCCAUUUUUAUUGUGUUUUUGCAGCGUAAAAUUGACAGUGAUCAAUGGAAUAAUAUUGUUUUAAGAUGAUCGGACAUCCGUAUGUAAUGGGCAUGUUUGCCCAGCAGCAAGCGUUUGCUGCUGCUCAGCUUGCCCAUAUGCAAAUCCAACAGCAACAAUUACAACAACAACAGCAGCAACCUGAAGUUUUAUCAGAGGAAAAGCUUCAAGAAAAAGCUAGAAAAUGGCAGCAACACCAAAGCAAAAGAUACGCAGAAAAACGAAAAUUCGGGUUUGUAGAUGCACAGAAAGAGGAAAUGCCACCCGAGCAUAUCAGAAAAAUCAUUCGUGAUCAUGGAGACAUGAGCAGCCGAAAGUAUCGUCACGAUAAACGAGUUUAUUUAGGUGCCUUAAAGUAUAUGCCUCACGCAGUGUUAAAGCUAAUGGAAAAUAUGCCUAUGCCAUGGGAGCAAAUAAGAGAUGUGAAUGUACUGUACCAUAUUACUGGAGCUAUAACGUUUGUAAAUGAAAUACCAUGGGUGAUCGAACCGGUGUAUAUUGCACAGUGGGGUACUAUGUGGAUUAUGAUGCGGAGAGAAAAAAGAGAUCGUCGACAUUUUAAGCGAAUGAGAUUUCCUCCUUUUGAUGAUGAAGAACCACCUCUUGAUUAUGCAGAUAAUAUACUCGAUGUAGAGCCUCUUGAGGCCAUUCAAAUGGAACUAGAUUCUGAAGAAGAUGCUGAAGUAUGUAGAUGGUUGUAUGAUCAUAAGCCGUUAUUAGAUACGAAACAUGUAAAUGGCUCAACUUACCGCAAGUGGAAUCUAUCUUUGCCACAACUAGCAACAUUAUAUCGUCUAGCCAACCAGUUGCUGACUGAUUUAGUUGAUGAUAAUUACUUCUACCUUUUUGAUUUAAAGUCUUUUUUCACUGCAAAAGCUCUUAAUAUGUCUAUUCCCGGUGGCCCAAAAUUUGAGCCGCUAAUAAAGGAUGCAAAUCCUGCUGAUGAAGAUUGGAAUGAAUUUAACGACAUAAACAAGAUAAUAAUUAGACAGCCUAUUCGUACUGAAUACAGAAUUGCUUUCCCUUACCUGUACAAUAAUUUGCCACAUUAUGUUCAUCUAUCUUGGUAUCAUACUCCAAAUGUUGUUUUUAUAAAAACAGAAGAUCCAGACUUGCCAGCCUUUUAUUUUGACCCAUUGAUAAAUCCAAUAUCUCAUCGACAUACAGUUAAAGGAGCAGAACCUCUGCCAGAUGAUGAUGAAGAAUUUGAACUUCCUGAGUAUGUUCAGCCAUUUCUUCAAGACUGUCCAUUAUAUACAGAUAAUACUGCAAAUGGUAUUGCACUUCUUUGGGCACCUCGCCCAUUCAACUUACGCUCUGGAAGAACAAGAAGAGCUAUUGAUGUACCUCUUGUUAAAUCUUGGUAUCGUGAACACUGUCCUCCGGGAAUGCCAGUAAAAGUUCGAGUUUCUUAUCAGAAACUUUUAAAGUAUUAUGUGUUAAAUGCUUUGAAACAUCGACCUCCAAAACCUCAGAAAAAACGUUAUUUGUUUCGUUCUUUCAAAUCUACUAAAUUUUUCCAAACUACUACAUUGGAUUGGGUUGAAGUUGGUCUUCAUGUUUGUCGUCAAGGGUACAAUAUGUUAAACUUACUCAUACAUCGUAAGAACUUAAAUUAUUUACAUUUGGAUUAUAAUUUCAAUUUGAAACCUGUGAAGACUUUGACUACUAAAGAAAGGAAAAAGUCAAGGUUUGGAAAUGCAUUUCAUUUAUGCAGGGAAAUUCUCCGACUUACUAAACUUGUUGUUGACAGCCAUGUCCAAUAUCGUUUGAACAAUGUUGAUGCAUUUCAGCUGGCAGAUGGUUUACAAUAUAUAUUUGCUCAUGUUGGUCAAUUAACUGGGAUGUAUCGAUAUAAAUAUAAAUUGAUGCGACAGAUUCGUAUGUGCAAAGAUUUGAAGCAUUUGAUAUAUUACAGAUUUAAUACUGGACCAAUUGGAAAAGGACCAGGUUGUGGAUUUUGGGCUCCAGGUUGGAGAGUGUGGCUGUUUUUCAUGCGGGGUGUAACACCACUUCUGGAACGUUGGUUAGGAAACCUGCUGUCUAGGCAAUUUGAAGGAAGGCAUUCUAAAGGUGUUGCAAAGACGGUGACAAAACAGCGAGUUGAGAGUCAUUUUGAUUUGGAGUUGCGGGCAUCUGUUAUGCAUGAUAUCUUGGAUAUGAUGCCUGAAGGUAUGAAACAAAACAAAGCUCGUACCAUAUUACAGCAUUUAAGUGAAGCUUGGCGGUGUUGGAAAGCUAAUAUUCCAUGGAAAGUGCCCGGUCUUCCAACACCGAUAGAAAACAUGAUUUUGCGUUAUGUAAAGAUGAAAGCUGAUUGGUGGACAAAUACUGCACAUUACAACAGAGAACGCAUACGCCGUGGGGCAACUGUUGACAAAACAGUAUGCAAAAAGAAUCUUGGAAGACUUACUCGUUUGUAUCUGAAAGCUGAACAAGAAAGGCAACAUAAUUAUUUAAAAGAUGGUCCCUAUAUUAGUGCUGAAGAAGCUGUUGCUAUUUAUACAACAACUGUGCACUGGCUUGAAAGUCGUAGAUUUUCUCCCAUUCCAUUUCCACCAUUAUCAUACAAGCAUGACACUAAAUUGCUGAUACUUGCACUUGAAAGAUUAAAGGAAGCAUACAGCGUAAAGAGCAGACUAAAUCAGUCUCAGCGUGAAGAACUGGGUUUAAUUGAACAAGCUUAUGAUAAUCCUCAUGAAGCAUUAUCUCGCAUUAAGCGUCAUCUUCUGACUCAUCGACAGUUUAAAGAAGUGGGUAUUGAAUUUAUGGAUUUGUACAGCCAUUUAAUUCCUGUUUAUGAUGUAGAACCCUUAGAAAAGAUAACUGAUGCAUAUUUAGAUCAGUAUCUGUGGUAUGAAGCUGAUAAGCGUCGCUUGUUUCCACCGUGGAUAAAACCAGCUGAUUCUGAACCACCACCUCUCUUAGUAUAUAAGUGGUGUCAAGGUAUUAAUAACUUGCAAGAUGUGUGGGAUACUUCAGAAGGAGAAUGCUGUGUAAUGUUAGAAUCACGUUAUGAAAAAAUGUAUGAAAAGAUAGACUUGACUCUUUUGAACAGGUUGUUGCGAUUGAUCGUGGACCACAAUAUUGCUGAUUACAUGACUGCAAAAAGUAAUGUAGUUAUUAAUUAUAAAGAUAUGAAUCAUACAAAUUCAUACGGUAUUAUUAGAGGACUUCAGUUUGCAUCUUUUAUUGUUCAGUAUUAUGGGCUUGUGCUUGAUUUAUUAGUUCUUGGUCUGCAGAGAGCUAGUGAGAUGGCUGGGCCACCUCAAAUGCCAAAUGACUUUUUGACAUAUAAAGAUGUUGCUACUGAAACUGCGCAUCCAAUACGUUUAUAUUCUCGUUACAUUGAAAGAAUGCAUAUUUUUUUCCGUUUUACAGCUGAGGAAGCUCGAGAUUUGAUUCAGAGAUAUUUAACGCAACAUCCAGAUCCCAAUAAUGAAAAUAUUGUUGGGUACAAUAAUAAGAAAUGCUGGCCUCGAGAUGCUAGAAUGAGACUUAUGAAGCAUGAUGUAAAUCUUGGUCGGGCUGUAUUUUGGGACAUCAAGAACAGAUUACCUCGUUCUGUAACAACUGUUCAGUGGGAAAGUAGUUUUGUUUCAGUGUACAGUAAAGACAAUCCUAAUCUGCUUUUCAAUAUGAGUGGAUUUGAAUGUAGAAUUCUGCCAAAAUGCCGUAUGACUCAUGAGGAAUUUACUCACAAAGAUGGAGUUUGGAAUUUGCAAAAUGAAGUAACGAAGGAGAGAACUGCCCAGUGUUUCUUAAGAGUUGAUGAUGAAUCAAUGCAACGAUUUCAUAAUAGAGUGAGACAAAUUUUGAUGGCUUCUGGAUCAACAACAUUCACCAAAAUAGUAAAUAAGUGGAAUACUGCUUUGAUUGGUUUGAUGACAUAUUUCAGAGAAGCUGUUGUAAAUACCCAAGAACUAUUGGAUCUAUUAGUGAAAUGUGAAAAUAAGAUUCAGACUCGUAUUAAGAUAGGAUUAAAUUCUAAAAUGCCUAGUCGAUUUCCUCCGGUUGUGUUUUAUACACCAAAAGAACUUGGAGGUCUUGGAAUGUUGUCGAUGGGACAUGUUUUGAUUCCACAGUCUGAUCUCAGGUGGUCAAAACAAACUGAUGUUGGAAUUACUCAUUUUAGGUCUGGUAUGAGCCAUGAUGAAGACCAAGUUAUUCCAAACUUGUAUCGCUAUAUUCAGCCAUGGGAAAGUGAAUUCAUUGAUUCUCAAAGAGUUUGGGCUGAAUAUGCUCUUAAGAGACAAGAAGCAUUAGCUCAGAACAGACGUUUAACUCUAGAGGAUUUAGAAGAUAGUUGGGACCGUGGUAUUCCUAGAAUAAAUACUUUGUUCCAGAAAGAUAGACAUACACUUGCAUAUGAUAAAGGUUGGAGAGUUCGCACAGAUUUCAAGCAGUACCAGGUUUUAAAACAAAAUCCAUUUUGGUGGACACAUCAACGCCAUGAUGGUAAGUUGUGGAAUUUGAACAAUUAUCGUACUGACAUGAUUCAAGCCUUAGGUGGUGUGGAGGGUAUACUGGAACACACGCUUUUUAAAGGAACUUAUUUCCCAACCUGGGAAGGACUGUUUUGGGAAAAAGCUAGUGGUUUUGAAGAAUCAAUGAAGUAUAAAAAGUUAACUAAUGCUCAGAGAUCGGGAUUAAACCAGAUCCCAAAUCGUCGAUUCACCUUAUGGUGGUCGCCUACAAUUAACAGAGCAAACGUAUAUGUAGGCUUUCAGGUUCAACUUGAUCUAACUGGUAUUUUUAUGCAUGGAAAAAUUCCUACUUUGAAGAUUUCUUUAAUUCAGAUAUUUAGAGCUCACUUAUGGCAAAAAAUACAUGAAAGCAUUGUCAUGGAUCUCUGCCAAGUGUUUGAUCAAGAACUGGAUGCUCUUGAAAUUGAAACUGUUCAAAAAGAAACUAUCCAUCCUAGAAAAUCAUAUAAAAUGAAUAGUUCUUGUGCUGAUAUCUUACUUUUUGCUGCGUAUAAAUGGAGCUGUUCAAGACCAUCGUUGUUAGCUGAUUCAAAAGAUACAAUGGAUGUUACAACUACUCAAAAGUACUGGAUUGAUGUUCAGCUGAGAUGGGGUGAUUAUGACUCGCAUGAUAUUGAGAGAUAUGCUCGUGCUAAAUUCCUUGAUUACACUACUGACAACAUGAGUAUUUAUCCAUCUCCAACUGGUGUGCUAAUAGCAGUUGAUCUAGCAUAUAAUCUUCAUAGUGCUUAUGGAAAUUGGUUCCCAGGAGAUAAACCUUUAAUACAGCAAGCUAUGGCAAAGAUAAUGAAGGCAAAUCCUGCUUUGUAUGUAUUGAGAGAAAGAAUCCGUAAAGGCUUGCAGCUCUAUUCGUCAGAGCCAACUGAACCAUAUUUAUCAUCUCAGAACUAUGGUGAAUUAUUUUCAAAUCAAAUUAUUUGGUUUGUGGAUGAUACCAAUGUGUAUCGUGUUACCAUACAUAAAACCUUUGAAGGUAAUUUGACCACAAAGCCAAUUAAUGGUGCGAUUUUCAUUUUCAAUCCUCGUACAGGACAGUUAUUUUUGAAGAUAAUUCAUACUUCUGUGUGGGCUGGACAAAAACGUCUGGGACAGUUAGCAAAAUGGAAAACUGCUGAAGAAGUUGCUGCUUUAAUUCGAUCUCUUCCUGUUGAAGAACAACCGAAACAGAUUAUUGUGACCAGAAAAGGAAUGUUGGACCCACUGGAAGUCCAUUUACUUGAUUUCCCUAAUAUUGUUAUUAAAGGUAGUGAGUUGCAAUUACCAUUUCAAGCAUGCUUGAAAGUAGAAAAGUUUGGAGAUUUAAUUUUGAAAGCUACUGAACCUCAAAUGGUUCUUUUCAAUUUGUAUGAUGAUUGGCUGAAAACAAUAUCAUCAUACACUGCAUUUUCUCGUUUAAUUUUGAUUCUUCGAGCACUUCAUGUAAAUAAUGAGAGAACCAAAGUGAUACUGAAGCCAGAUAAAACCACAGUAACUGAACUGCACCAUAUCUGGCCAUCACUUUCUGAUGAAGAAUGGAUCAAAGUUGAAGUCCAGCUCAAAGAUCUUAUCCUUGCUGAUUAUGGUAAAAAGAAUAAUGUAAAUGUAGCUUCUCUCACACAAUCAGAAAUUAGAGAUAUUAUUCUUGGAAUGGAAAUUUCAGCACCUUCAGCCCAACGGCAGCAAAUUGCAGAAAUUGAAAAACAAACAAAAGAGCAAACGCAGUUGACAGCCACAACAACAAGAACAAUAAAUAAGCAUGGUGAUGAAAUAAUUACAUCCACUACCAGUAAUUAUGAAAAAGAUACUUUUGCUUCCAAAACCGAAUGGCGAGUGCGUGCUAUAUCAGCUACUAAUCUUCAUUUGCGAACCAAUCACAUUUAUGUUUCAUCAGAUGAUAUUAAAGAAACUGGAUAUACUUACAUUUUGCCUAAAAAUAUUCUAAAGAAAUUCAUCAUUGUAUCUGAUUUACGUACUCAAAUAGCCGGUUACCUUUAUGGUGUUAGUCCUUCAGAUCAGCCACAGGUGAAAGAAAUCCGCUGUAUUGUCAUGCCACCUCAGUGGGGGACACAUCAGAUGGUACAUUUACCAAAUAUUCUUCCUAAUCAUGAGUAUCUGCAAGAAAUGGAGCCACUAGGAUGGAUUCACACUCAACCCAAUGAACUUCCCCAGCUUUCACCCCAGGAUGUCACAACACAUGCUAAUAUUAUGAAUGAUAACCCAUCUUGGGAUGGAGAAAAGACUAUUGUUAUAACUUGCAGUUUUACUCCUGGUUCAUGCUCCCUUACUGCCUAUAAAUUAACCCCAAGUGGUUACGAUUGGGGUCGACAAAAUACUGACAGAGGUAACAAUCCUAAGGGUUAUUUACCUUCUCAUUAUGAAAGAGUGCAGAUGCUACUGACUCAUAGGUUUUUGGGAUUUUUCAUGGUUCCUGCCCAAGGUUCGUGGAAUUAUAAUUUCAUGGGUGUCCGUCACGAUGCUGCUAUGAAGUACGAUUUGCAGUUGGCAAAUCCUAAAGAAUUUUAUCAUGAACUGCAUCGGCCAUCUCAUUUCCUGAAUUUUAGCAAUAUAGAAGAUAGUGAAGGUGUUGGAGCAGACCGUGAAGAUCAUUUCUCAUAAACUUCUCAGCCAUUCCACCACUUAAUUAUCUGUAAAAUAGGAAACGUUUCACUGUCAAAUAAUGUAUUAUUAAGCUGUUUCAUCUUUUGAAUUAUUUUGUGAAUAGAAAGUUCUGCAGAAAAUUUGUGGAUCCAGACAAGUUAGUCUUUUGACCAAUUUUGUCUUAAAAUACUUUUUUCCCCCCCUUACAAAUUGGAACUAUGAAAAUAUGUUUAAACAUAAUAUUAAUAUGUGACUAAAACUUGUAUUUUUGGAGUUUAUUUUGCAUUGUAUGAUGUUCUUACAAUGAUAUGUUUGAAAGAUUUAUUUAAAAGUAGAAUUUGUAAGGAUUUUGUUUUCAAAUACACGUUCAAAAAUAAAUUCUUAUUUUUCAGGAAA